CUUCUGUUUUCUGUGUGAGCCUCGACCCCAAGACCAACACGCUGGCAGUGACAGGCGGGGAGGAUGACAAGGCCUUUGUAUGGCGCGUGAGCGAUGGAGAGCUCCUGUUUGAAUGCUCAGGACACAAGGACUCUGUCACCUGCGCUGGCUUCAGUCACGACUCUGUGUUUGUGGCCACGGGUGACAUGUCUGGGCUUAUCAAAGUGUGGCGGGUUGACACCAAGGAAGAAGUGUGGUCCUUCGAGGUGGGGGACUUGGAGUGGAUGGAGUGGCACCCUCAAGCCCAUGUCCUUCUGGCGGGCACAGCUGAUGGCAACUCCUGGAUGUGGAAGAUCCCCAGCGGAGACUGCAAAACCUUCCAGGGCCCUGCAUGCCCAGCCACGUGUGGCAGGAUCCUGCCUGACGGGAAGCGAGCAGUGGUGGGGUAUGAGGAUGGGACCAUGCGCAUCUGGGAUCUGAAGCAGGGAACCUCACUGCAUGUCCUGAAAGGCCAGGAUGGCCACCAGGACCCUUUGACGUGUGUGGCCACCAAUCAGGAUGGCAGUUUGAUCAUGACAGGCUCUGUGGACUGUCACACCAAGCUGAUCAACUCCACCACGGGCAAGGUGGUGUGCGUGUUCAAGAUGGAGAGCGCGGCCCCCAAGGCACCUGCCGGCGAGGGCGAGGAGGCAGAGUCCAACUCGGUGGAGUCGCUGGGCUUCUGUAAUGUGAUGCCGUUGGCUGCUGUGGGCUACCUGGAUGGCACACUGGCUAUCUAUGACCUUUCCACACAGAGCCUGAGGCAUAAGUGCCAACAUGAGUCAGGGAUCGUGCAGUUGCUGUGGGAGGAGAGCUCGGCCGUGGUGUACACCUGCAGCCUGGAUGGGGCCGUGCGGCUCUGGGACGCCCGCUCGGGGAAGAUGAUCAGCGAGUACCGAGGGCACUCAGCCGAAAUCCUCGACUUUGCUGUCAACAAGGACGCCUCCAUUGUGGUGACAACCUCUGGCGACCACCAAGCCAAAGUGUUCUGCGUCCAGCGCCCUGAUCGCUAGAACUGUGCAGAUGGAUGGUGUCCUGGCUCUGCCAGAUGGCUCGUGUACAGAGGGAUGAGGGAGAUGGGUGUCACCACCCUUCUCCAGUGCGUGCUUUGUAAUUUUCCAGCCUGCCCCGCUUUGCCCUCACAAUCUGGGGGCUGAGCCUGGGGUUUUGUAUGAAAAUGUCUUUUAAUUAUAUAAAUUAUUUCACUUAACU